AUGAGUGAUCAUGAGAGGCGGCCGGCAGCGGGUGAGAGCAGAGAGCAGCCGAUUUUUGGCAAACAUCGAUCUUUGGGCACCCAGUUUGGCAUCGUCUUUGGCAGCAUCGUAGGUUGCGUCGGUUUCCUCUGGAUCGUCUAUGCCAUCGGAAAAUACGCUUUCCGCCGCCGAGAACUGUCAGAAUCCCAAGUUGCCCCGGCCGAAUCGCAAAAUCAAACUCCCAAAAAUCAAGCAACAACAGAAGAUCGCCUUGAAACAACGGAGGAAAUCGCGCUCGAGCCCUCGAGCGCUGAGGCAAAGUCUACCGACAAAACAAAGGAAACUACCGAUAGCACGGAUGAAAGCAGCAGUGAAGAGGAAAGUGGAGCGUUUGGGAGAACGCGAGAACGGUGCCCUUUUAGCGAUCUUUUCGAUAUCUCGCCAAAAUUCGCCGAAGUCCUCGAAGAAGAAAAAAUCAACUCACUUUCGAUGAUUUCUAUCUUUGAAAACGCCGAAAUCGACGAGUUUCUGAAACGCCACCAGGAAAAAUUAAAAAAGAAGGAUUUACAAAAUAUGGUGCGACUGAUCGCUCUUGCGAGAAUUAUUGCCUGUCAACUGACGCUGCAGAAGAUUUCCGAAAAGAAGCAGAAUUUGAAUGGGUCGAGUUCGAUUUGCAAACUUUGCCACAACGAAUCAGAUGCGGACAAUGAUCAUUGCGAAUGCUGCACGACUCAUUAUUCUCCGGUUGAACUUUCAUGCAUAUCAAAUGCAGCAGAUGAACAUUGCUCCUGCUGUCUUUUGAGGAACUCGUUUUUGCCAGAGGAUGGGAGCUAUGAUUGCUACAUUCAACAGGUCGACAGUUUGGAAAACCAAACCCAAACCUGGCUUGACAAUCAAGACGACCUAGACCUCAUCCAGCUUCGCCGCUCAGGCCUCGCAGUACAAAAACAAUUCUUCGAAAAAAUAACGGCCGAAGAAAUCCCACUUGGCGAAGUUUCAAAAGUUCAAAGAAUCAUACAUUCCAAAACAUCCCGCGAAUUCGCAGUUACUCUCCGGCGGAAGAGAAUUGAAGAAGUCAGCCUUGGGAAAAGCCCGUCAUUUGAGAGUGCGGAAGAUUUUUGGAAGAAUUUGGAGAAAAAUAUCAUCUUCUUUUGCAAACAUUUCCGUAAAAAAUCCAUGAGAACUGCAGUAGAGGACACUUUGGACCUCACCAAUCAUCUUCAAAAACAGAAAUUCACACCAAAACUUUAA